ACUUUAUAUGGGAUCAUACGACAAAAGAUGAUGAUUCACAAACGAAUCUUCCUUCUUUGUUUCUCAAGUAUUAUUUCUUGUAAUUAAGGAUAAGUAGUUCAUUUGUAACGAGCUUAUCACGAAUAACUUGACACAUUUAUCAUCUGUGUUGAAAAGCACGUUAAAUUCGUGAGGUUGCGCCAUUGUUCGGUAGAGUGCGUGUUUAAAGACAAACACGUAGGAAGCGUGCUCGUUAGUUUACAUUGUGCAAAAAUCGUAGUUCUUGAAAAAAUGUAAAUCGUUAUGAUUGAAUGUAAUAUGUUAUCGUAAAAAUAUGGAAAGUUGGGACAAUCGUUGAUGUCGGGUGUAACGUAAAUAUGUUUACUUCGAUCAAAUUUUUUAAUAAAUGUGGUUAAUUCGUAACUCUAACCUUACAAUGCGGAGACUUGUCAAUCUUGCGAUGCUUCUUUGUUACUUGAGCAGAAGCGUCGCAGCUAUGUAUUGUUAUCCAGACUACUGUCAGAACGUGACAAAAUUAGUCGCUACUCCUGGUUUCCAAUGUCUAUUGACAAAAGUUCAAAGGAAAGGAGAUUGCACCAAACUCACGUUCGAAGGUUAUAGUCGUUAUCCAGAGGAUGGCACAACAGCCAAAUUUAAUUUACGUUCAUACACGUAUGAGGAAUCCGGAUAUAAACUGACAGCUUUCAACUUAAGCGUUACCAAUGUGGACUUUCAUGGACUGGUUACACGUUAUCAAAGUUUACUGGAUGAGAACGAAUCAGCAUGUAGGUACAUAGAACUUUAUGGGAACGAAACCAACCCAGUACCACGGGAAUUGUAUAUUUCUUGUCCAUUUUCUGAUGUAUCUUACGAAUCUGUUCCAUACCGGUUAGAUUAUCUCGUAACAGGAGAAAAAUAUAAGUAUAGCAAAAGAUAUGUUUUCAAUGUACCUGUGCACAGAUUUAUCGGAGAAGAUGUAAGUAUAAAGGAAUACAGGCCAUUUGUAUAUAUAGAUGUCUCCUAUGCUCCUCUUCUUUCAUUGCACGUGCAACCACUGCCAGAAGUGUAUAAUGUAACAGGGUAUAAAAUUUGGUUAAUAAACAACGAUACGGAUUUCGUGAAAACGUUCAAUAUGACCAGUGAACAAGAUUUUCGCUACAAUUUUACCGCUCACACCGGCGUGUUUUAUUUUAAAGUUGCUCCCAUGCAUUCAGAGUGUGGCGACUAUGGGUGCGUGAACAGCACCACGCCUUUUAUCAUUAUACAGGAAACAUCUCAUCGUUUAUUGAUCAUGAUUAUUAGCACUGUGUGGAUACCGCCAGUGAUAUUGUACGUCCUUUAUCAUCUUUACAAAUUGUAUAAAAAGGAAGUAUUGAAAAGGAGAAGGAUACCGAAAUGUUUGUUAGUCUACUCACCGACUCGACUGUCGCAUAUCAAUGUAAUGAUCGAGCUGGCAAAGUAUUUAAGAAUUUGCGACGUUAACGCCAUGAUAGACAUGCUCGAUGUUACCGAUACCACGGACAAAGAUCCAGAAUGUUGGUGCGAUGCUGCGUUUCGAAACGCAGACGUCGUUCUUAUCGCAACUUCUCCGCCGCCUAAGAAGCCUGCGGCAUCGGCUAUUUAUCGAAACACCGGUAAUUAUCUUUUGAGACUGGUGAAAGAGAAUCAGUCGGAGAAAGAAAAGCGCUAUUAUAUCGUGCAAUUGCCGUAUUGUAAAUCGGAUGAUGUACCCGAGGAAACGAGGCAUUUGAGGAGACUGUCUUUACCAAAAGAGUUGCCUAAACUAGUAAAAAUUAUUCACAAGGUGGAGCGCGUAAAAUGUUCCUCGGUAUCCGACCAGGAAUUUCUGGACAGCGUGAAAUUAGCAAAACUCGAGAUUCUGAAGGAAGAUGCGAACAUUGCGAAAGACGAACGAGAAACUGAAAACCUUUUAACGUUGAAAAGGACGGAAACAGCAAAUAAUCGGACGUCAACUGUGCUGGAUGAUAACGCAGUGUCUCAGUCGUUUGCAACAAAUAUCGAUGAAUUAAACUUGCUCGGAGAAGGUGGAGAAGGUGAGGAAGAAUGUACUCGUGAAUCUUCGAAGGACGAUACGUGCUCGUUUCGUAUCGACGAAUUGAACUUGUGACUUCGUUUCAAGUACAUUCUUUAUUCAUAACGUUGUGAACAAAUUUUACUUGCGUAAGUUAGGUAAUUUUUCAAGAUGUAAGACUUUUUUUUAUAUAUAUACCGAUUUAACUUAAUAAACGCCAGUUUCUUUUUUGUUACCAUA